CCGUACAUAUUAGUCAACACGAUGCAUUUUACGAAGUUCGCAUUCGCAACCCUCACAGGCCUCUCGUCUGCUUCCGUCGUCCGCCGUGCCGAUUACGGCUCAUGGGCCGUCACCUGGAACGACAACUCACUGACCGCCGUGUACUCCACCACAGAGCUCGACGGACCCAUCACAACCACAUGCACGUCUGAACCGGACUCCACGCCAGUCUGCGACACUCGCUUCCGUUACGACUUCCUCAGCAACGAAGAAGGUCAGAACACUAUCUCCCUGAUGCAGGAGGUACCAUUAUGGGAUGGACAUGUCACAGUGUACGGUGAUGCGGUGAUUUUGGAAGAAGGCUCAGCGACGGUUAUCGUAGACAGGGCGACUUCGUCUAACCCUGGCGGAUCGAAGUAA